AUGCCUUCGGCUGCGAGCGCUUCUACCAGGCUACCUUUGACACCGGGCCAAAAGUUCCGAUGGCAGAAUUCAGUCUCGGCCUCACACGACCAGCUCGUGCAGUCCCUGUCCAGGCUGUACUGGCUUGGGAUUGACCGGGACCUCGACGGGAUCCUCCGGACCCUGAACAUGUGGGGAGAUACCCCCGAGCCGGCGGCGGCUGACUUGGAGCCGCGGGAUUGGCUUGGGUUUGAGGCUGCCCUCGAUAUACUGGAUCAGAUUUACGCGACGAGCUCCGAGGGGUUUGCCGGGCGGGAGCGGCUGGCCCAGCUGCUUCUGCAAGGCGCAGGUAUGCUGGACAUAGACAAAGUGAUGGAGUACAGAGAGCCCGAAUAUCAGCUUGGCCAGUGGCUCCAACCACGGGCGCCGCAACUCGAGGCAACCUCCCCGAGAGAUCCCAGGGAACCCGUCGACUUUGUGGCCCUAGAGUGCUCCAGCUGCGAGAAAGCCAUCCAGGGCAGCCACUUCGAGUGCGUAGGAGAUGGCUGCGCCUGCACCCACACGCACGGAAGAAGCGUCUUCUGCGAGACUUGCUCGCGGGAGCCCAAUAGCAAGCACCGCCCAGACACCCUGCGCAAAAUCCACAAGAGUAGUAGCAGCAGCAGCGGCCCAGGCUCCGAGCGUCCCCAGCGCCCGCUCUUCCCCUUCGGCGCCGGCGACCGCGACCGCCACGAGCAGACGUGCGCGCUGGCGCGGCUCCGGCGGCGGCACGAGCGCGCAAAGGUGACGGAACUGCAGCGCCUCGGGAUGCUGGAGGAGACGCCGGAAGGCGACGGCGGGGAGGCGGGCGGCCUGCCGGCGUUGGCGGCGGCCAGGGCGGCAGUCAGGGCGGCGGUGGGCGUUGCGUCUCGGGCCGGCGCCCGCGCGACCAAGGUGGCCGACAACAUCCCCUACGGCAACGUGCACAUGAGCCUCAUGGUCGGGCCGCUGAUAAUCGAGAAUGGCGUUCCGCAAUCCAAGGGCGGGUGCUACGUCCCGAGCGGUAACAGGUCGUCCCUGUGGUCCGCCAAGGAGCACCUGCCGAGACACCGGCGGGUCAAGGCCUUCAUGAAGCAGGUCGUCGGCAGCCCGUUCUGGGGCGUGGGCGGGGCCUCGGACACUUCGAUGGAGGCCAGGAUCGUCAGGGCCGUGGCCGAGGCGAGCCUAAAGUACGCCGAGAACCCCAGGAAGUCGGCCCGGUUCAACGAGCAGAGGAAGGCGAGCCUUAGGGGCAAGAUCCUGCGCGACAUCCAGACCCUGCUCCACGCGCGGCUGAGGAGCUACCUCCGCGCCAUCGCCGGCCGGCUUUUGGACCGGGAGGUACCGCUUGCGUGGCACAUCCUCGACAACAACUGCCAGCGCUUCUGUGACGCCAUCAUCGACCGCCGCGUCUUCGGCAGCUUCAUGCUGCACAGACGCAACGAAAGUUGCGUGACGAGGCGCGUCGUGCCGGCCUCGAGGGACGCGGCGGCCAACCGCCACACCGAGGAGUUCCUGCUGCGGCACCGGCGCGUCGGCCACCACAACGACACCGACAUCGUCGACGGCCUGACCGAGUACUGGACCGACUGGGGCGGCUUCCGGGCCCCCGUCUUCCGCCACCAGGGCCUCUUCCCCUGGGACUGCACCGAGGCGCGCACGGCCGCGGACGAGGCCGAGGCCCCGCAGGUCCGGUGCGGCGACCGCAGCCUCGCCAAGCACCUCUCCACCUCUGCCGGGGAGCGGCGCUUCUACGCCCCCGCCUCUUCUGGAGAUGCCGCGGCCGCGGCGCAGCUGAGCCUCGACGGAUGGCGGCACAACAGGCUCGGCGUGGUCGAGGCCAUGCGGGCGCUCGGGGGUGGUGGCCGUGGCCAUGCGCGCGUCGCCCGUGUUCCGGCACGCGUGCUGGUGGAACUUCGCGCCGCGCGGGCUCGUGUUCCCGGACGACAAGGGCGGCCGGCGCGCGCGCAGGCUGUACCUGCAGAGGCGUGGCCGGUUGGUCGUGCAGCAGCGCCGGCGGCGCUGGAGGGCGGAGAGGGCGGCGCCGCGGUGGUGGUGGUGGACCACGACCGCGUCAAGCUGGCGGGCGUGCACCGCGCGCAGCCGGCGAGCCACCUGUACGAGCACUCGAUGCUGCACGACUGCACGGUCGCCGGCUGGGCAGACAUGGCGCCGUGGGAGCAGGUGGCGGCGUACGUGGCGCUGCGGGACGCGCGGGCCGUGGACGUGGACGGGGUGAUCAAAAAGGCGGCACGGGAGGACGCGAGCACCGGGCGCAGCCGCCGGGCGGAAGGGGGGCAGGACGGGUCGUCGCAGGACCCCGGGGGCGCCGCGCUUCUGGAUCCGGGAGCUGCGUCGGCGCAGCCGAUCGGGGAGGGCGGCGACGCGUGGGAGGCGUACGAGGCCGGGGACGUCGUCUUGGAGGGGCACGACUACUGCGAUGGGCAGGGCACGUGCGACUGCGUGUGCGACGUCAACGCGGGGGUGGACUACACUGAUGGCGGCGAGGCGAUCACGGCCGACUGGUUUGUCCCCUUCGAGAUUGGAGACGGCGACGGGAACGUGGGGGAUGGGAGAGGCGGGGACGGAGGCGGAGAUGGAGGCGGAGGCGUAGGAGACGGUGGGGGAGGCGGAGGAGGUGUGGGAGACGGAGGUGGUAUAGGGUUCGUAUUUUUCUCCAUUGGAGAUGGAGGAGGCGGUGGCGGAGGUGGUUGCGGAGGCUAA